AUGGUAACGAUAUCUCAUACAUCACUGCACUCCCGAUUGACGGGGAUCUCACUAUUCGGGGACCGGGUGGUUCAGUUCCGUGGUUUGAAGUUCGCCAGCGUGCCUAGACGGUUUGCCCGGGCCGAAUUGUUCGGGGAGUAUCCCGGUGAAUUGGAGUGCACGCGGCACGGGUGAGAUAGAUACUACCUCCCCAUCUACCGGUACUUCAACAAUAAUAGUGACAUGCUAACAGAACAGCCCAAUCUGCCCGCAAGAGCCUGCAAGCCCCGAAUCCGACUUCUUCGGCAUUCCCACCCCCCUCCAAAAGGACAAACCCGGCUUCACCUUCGAUGAACUAGAAUGUUUGAACCUCACAGUGACAUUGCCAAAAUCACAUAUCCUGAAGAUCCCCUCCGGCAAGAAGCUCCCCGUCCUCGUCAGCAUCCACGGUGGCUCGAACCGCACGGGUGCCGGAUGCACCCCGUUGCAGGACCCGGCCGGAUUAUCCGCUGCUAGCGUGACGGAGGGGAAGGAAGUCAUUUGCGUAGCUAUGAAUUACCGGUUGAACGUGUUUGGCUAUGGAGUGUUGCCCGAUGGUGAGGGGAGCAAUAACGGAUUAUUCGAUCAGCAGACCGCGCUCGUUUGGGUGAAGAGGCAUAUUUCUGGCUUUGGCGGUGAUUCAGAGAACAUCACACUCGUCGGGGAGAGUGCCGGUGCGUUGGGUGUUGAUGCUCAAUUACAUGCAGCUUCACCUAUUGGCUGGGGCCUGUUCAAGAGGGCGGUAAUGCAAAGCGGGUGUUUGGAUAUCGGUGCGCCGAAGCCGAGGGAGAAUAUUAUCCGGACUACACAGAGGCUGGCGGGCCUCGUGGAGCGUAGCGGCGGGGGAAACGACGAAGGCUGGGUGGAAAAAUUGCGCAACGCGAGUGUGCGGGAGGUGGUUAGCGCGCUGGUUAAGGCAAGGGUGGGUGUAUGGUGUGUUUCCGACGAUGGCACAUUCUUCACAUCACCCUGGGACCAAGCGGUCGGUAUACCAGAUUGGUGUGAGAGCCUCAUAAUUGGUGAUUGCGGCUUUGAGGUUCUCUCCCCCUCUUGAUAACCCCUCACCCUACCGUAGUAAAGCCUGAAACUCACGGUGGAUGCCUGCCCAGGCAUUCUUAUGGUACCCCCAGAUCGCCCCAGCCUCGGCAGCCAGAAUACAUGAGGCCUUCAUGGGGGUCCAGCCACACAGGACGCGCAUACUCGAAGCUUACAAAGUCCCGGCUCCAUCCCCGGACUCGACGCCCGCCAUACGCGCCGCCGCAUUCGCGUUCAUCGGUGACAGCGUCUUCAGCUACCCUGCGCAUAAAUUAACCUCGCGUUGGCGUUCUGCCGGAAAGAAAGUCUACGAAUACUGCUUCGACCAGCCAAAUCCCUACGCACCCGAGCUCCGUGGAGCACAUCAUAGCGUGGACCUACUGUACCUCUUCCCGGGUCAUGAACUCCCGGAGAAGGAUAGAGUGGUUGCGGCAGCAUUUCAGAAACACGUGCUUGAGUUCUGCCACAGUGGGAAUGCAUGGAAGGUGAGUGAUGGACAGGUCAUGGGGUAUGGCCCCGCAGGGGAGGUGCGUGUCGUGGAGAAGAAGGAGAGGAGGAGGGUGGCAGAGUGGGAGGCUAGUUUGGAAUUGCUUGGGAGGGCUGAGUUAGUUAAGGCUAUUCGGUAUGUUAGAGAACACCCUGGGGAGGCGAAG